AUGAGCAAAGGCAAGGGCAAGGGCAAGGGCAAGGACAAGGCCAAGGGCAAGGGCAAGGGCAAGGGCAAGGGAAAGGGGAAGGAGGUGGCCAGUGACUUGCUGGGCAAGGGGAAGGGGAAGGGCAAGGGCAAGGGCAAGGCCAAGGCCAAGGGCAAGGGCAAGGGCAAGGACAAGGACAAGAGCAAGGGCAAGGACAAGAGCAAGGGCAAGGACAAGAGCAAGAGCAAGAGCAAGAGCAAGAGCAAGAGCAAGGCCAAGGAGUCAGAGACGGGAAACGGAUCUGGGUUGGCCACAGUGCGGGUGCUGAAGCGGAAGCGGCGGACGGGCAGCGAUGAGCCCGGAAGCGCGCACAAGCGGGCAAAGAGGCAUAUAGUGGACGGGUCCGACUCCGAGUCGUCGUCAGGCGCGCUGGGCGCCGAGGCGGGGCGGAGACUGGGUGGAGGCAGCGCGGCAAGUAGCGGCGGCGUGUCGUGCAACUGGAAGCAGCUGCAGGCGUCGCUUGGGCUCAAGGGCGGGCGGAGCGGCAAGCGAUCGGGCAAGAGCGAUGGAGGCGGUAGCCCAAAGAAGGCCACCGGGUUUGACCGGUGGGUAUCGCAGGUGAUGUCGCGGGUGGUGGCUAUCGACUGCGAGAUGGUCGGGGUGGGCACCCGCGACGAGUCGCGGCUGGCGCAAGUUGCCGUCUGUGAUGCCGAGGGCAAGAUGCUUUUCUGCGAGUGCGUGAAGCCAGCCGAGACGGUGACCAACUACCGGACGUUUGUGUCGGGCAUCACGCCGGCAAUGCUACGCGGGGCACGGAGCGUGCAGCAGAUUCGCGAGGAGGUCCGUGAGCUCAUUUCCAACAAGGUUGUGAUCGGCCACGCGCUGGACAACGACUUUCGGGUCCUCGGCAUCCACCCGAAGCCGCACCUUGUCCGCGACACGUCGACGUACCCGGCCUUCCGCUCGCGAGUCAACAAGGCGCGGCGGCUGCAGGAUCUGGUCCGCGAGCGGCUGGGCAUCACCAUCCAGGGCGCGGCGCACUCGCCGCUUGAGGACGCGCGCGCCGCUCUCCAGCUCUACGUCCUACACGCCUCCGAGUGGGAGCGCGGCUUUGUCGGCAAGCUCAAGAGCGAUCGCAAGUUUAUGGCGGCGCUGGAGGGCUAGCUUGUGGGUAGCGCUGCAUUACAUGUACUUGGCCAUGGAGCGGUUGACAGUCGAGGUAAAGCCGGGCGGGAGGUC